AUGAGCCUGGGCUGUGAGAGACCAGACGUUUGCCCAGUCUGCUUCUGGUCUCUUGGGCAGGCAGAUGUGGAGAGCAACACGGCCACGGGAAGGAAAGCCCGCCCUGGAGGUGAAGGCUGUGGCCCCCUCUGCUGCUCACGCCGUGGGGCCUGCCUCUCCGUCUCCCUGCUGCUUCUGCUGGCCAUGCUUGCCGCCCUGCUCGUUGUGGCCACCGUCCUUGGACGUCCAUCCCGCACACCAGAGACUCACUCCUGUGUGACACUGGCCAACAGGACGGGGUUCUUGUGCCAUGACAGAAGGCACUGCAUCCCAGCCCAUACGGUGUGUGACCGCAUCCGCACCUGUCCUCACGGUGAGGAUGAGGCUGAGAGCUUGUGUCGAGAUGUGCCCCAGAGCCUCCCCAGCUUCCUCCUGACCACCUGUGGAGACCCAGAUUCCUGGAUCUACUCAGACCAGAAAUGUGAUGGCACCAACAACUGUGGGGACUGCUCAGAUGAGCUGAGCCCAGUGACUGCGUGCCCGCCCUGUGGCCCUGGGUGGUGGCGCUGCACACCAACUGUGUUCAAGUACUGCAGCUGUGUUCCGAGGGUUCUGUGCCGGGACGGAGUGCAGCACUGCUCUGACUGGUCAGAUGAGUUCUCCUGUCCUGGACCCUGA